UGCUUCAGCGUACGUCAUACUUUCUGCUGUGACGACAGCUAUGGUGACGAGUGCAAGUUUGUGCACUGAAGCUCCCAGGGGAAUUUUACCGUACCAAGCUUGGUAUCCUUACAACACCUCAACACUCGUCGGCUUCUGGAGUGCAUAUCUCCAUCAAAUCAUUGCACAUGCCUACGGUGCCUUCACCAAUGCAGCUUGUGAUACCUUAAUGUAUGGAUUUAUAAUGCAAAUCUGCCCGCAAUUCGGCAUCCUCCAGCAUCGGUUCCAAUGUCUCCCUAAAUCAUUCGCUGGCAUUACAGAAAAUGUCCAUCAGUGCGAAAAAAAUCAGCUGAGAAAUUGCGUUAAGCAUCAUCUCCAAAUUUUACAUUACGCCGAGGAAUGCAAUCGAGUAUUCGACUUCUUAAUUUGUCUACAAUUUUUCGUAAGCUCAACGGUAUUAUGCGUGAGUGUUUAUCGAUUAGCUCAGAUCAAUCUGACCAGCCCUGAUUUUGCAAUUAUCGUGAUGUACCUGUUGUGCAUGCUGUCCCAAAUAUUCAUCCUCUGUAUUUCCGGGAGUUAUGUAACGUCCGAGAGCCAUAAUAUGGUGGACGGAAUAUAUUCGAUGGAUUGGACAUCUCUAAAUCCGCAGACACAAAAAAGUCUAGUAUUCAUCAUUAUUAAAUGCCUCAGGCCCAUUAAAUUCAAGAGUGGCAAUAUUCUUCUUCUCUCCAUUAGUUCAUUCAAUAAAUUGAUCAGGCUUUCUUAUUCUGCCUUCAAUGUGCUACAACAGUCAUCAGGAGUUUAUCACUGAUAAUUAAGAGGUGAUGAGCUGUGCAAUUUCGCUGAUGACGAAUUUUUAA